UCAAAAUGGUGAAUCCUAAAAGCACAUUGAGAUGCUCUUCAUUCUAAUUAUGACUUCACAAUCGCAUAAAAGCACGCAAAACAGGAAUGGAGUUUCCAUUUAAUACCAACAAUCUGCUUGGAAGUGAAAUUUCCAAGUUAGAUAAAAAAGUUGUUCCGUUUAGGAAAAAUGCAGACGGUUUCACCUUUGUGGACCUACGGUCCCAGCUCUGCACAGUCAUUGACAAGAUGGGAGAUGCUUCUUCACGGGCCCAGGGACUCCAUGGGACAAUUACAGGAGGAAGGAAACUCCAGUUGUCAGAUCACAUCCUGUACAUAAUGAAGGAUUCGAACAGUAACAACAAUGGUUCAGGAGCUGUAGUGGGCAUUCUAAAGAUUGGACACAAAAAGCUAUUUGUGUAUGACAGAAAUGGAGGUGUCCAUGAGUUAGAACCUAUAUGUGUGCUUGAUUUCUACGUCCAUGAAUCUAGACAGAGGAUGGGAUGUGGGCGCAAGCUGUUUGAUUUUAUGCUCAGAGAUAUGAAUGUCAAACCGCAGCAUCUAGCGAUUGACAAACCGUCAUUCAAGUUCAGUCAGUUUCUAAACAAGCACUAUAACCUGAAGGGCGAGAUUCCCCAGGUGAACAACUUUGUGGUGUUUGAGGGUUUCCUUAACAACCGCCCGAACACUGGUAAUGGCAGGCGGAGACUAGGAGGCAGGCCUCCUAUACAUCCAGAUUCUAACUUUGGUGACGGAGAAAUAAUAGUGCAACAGGGUCGAAGUUCAAGUCAUUAUGGGCGCUUUCAACGACACCACAGUCGACCAAACUCUGGUCAACUGUCCAGUAGGAGUGCCCCACCUAAUCGAUUGGAGGAGCCAAAUCUAAGAGAACUUGAGAUGCCAGUACCGGUGGGUGUAAAGGCUCUUGAAAUUGAUCCACUGAUCAAUACUUCAGACCAAAGUGUGCACUUGAACCUGCAGCCUCUAAACUCCACAUAUAACUCACGAGCCUAUGGUGCAGGGGCUAUUUUGUACAGUCGUCAUGUCAACACGCCCCCUGAUGGGGGCCGUCGCUCUCGCCCUAAUAGUGGUUCAUACAACAACAGGGAAGGAAGUCGAGCCAAUAGUCGCACCAGUGGGGGGAGUCGUACCAACAGUCGAAAUCGGGACCAACUCAGAGGACCUUCUCCACCAAUGCUAAAGAGGAUGGACCCUCCAUCGAGCUUCAAGGAGCAACUCAACCUUCACCAGGACUAUCAAGGGCGUGACGGUCACCUGAAGGUUCACAUCAGUCCAGACAAUCUAUCAAGUAAUUCACCAGCAAUUCCGAACCAUAUGACACCUUCACUUCUCCCUAACCUCGCCAACAAUUCCUACAAGUCUGGUUAUGCUGACCGCUACAAGCCCUUACAUAACAUGAACUGGAAUCCUGGGGCAGCUAGUCCAACCCACCAUACGAUCGGGGCACGACACUACUCUCAUACAAGACUGUGGUAGGGGAGGGGUACCAACUCUGCCAGACAUCAUCAACAAAUACUUGCCAUACAAUGUGAACUUCUCUGCUAAAGAAAGUAUUUAAGUAGUGUGGUAUUAUUUAUGAUAAUACUAGGUUGCUGGAUGUAGUUUGAAAUGAGACACUCGUACACAUUAUGUAAUGUACGUAGUGCAGCAAAAUCACUCCAGAGCAGAUGAUUGCAUUAAUUCAUGGAGAAUUUGGCAAGUUCUUACCUCAUCAUAAAGACAUUUAAAACAUGAAUAAGGCUGUGUGUAAGUGUCUGGUGUCUGGAGGGACACUGUAUAUUGUAGUACUAUCUUAUAUAGUACAGCUUUUUAUUGUGAAAUAUUAUGAUGUAUAUUCACUCCUGACCUUGGAAGAAAAUAAACACUUUCAAAGGUUAUGAAGGUAAUUUCAUUGUUAAUUAAUCAUUCAUCAUUGUUAAUGUACUGUCAGAAUGGUUAUAUAUAUUUAUCAAAAAUUAAUGAGGUGUUAUCAAGCAGAAUAUGUUAUUGAGUUUCUAAAUGUAUAUAUGUAUGUAAGUGUCGGGCACACUUGUUCUGGUUACUCCAUGUCUGGUUUGUUAAAGUUCACCUCACACAUCGGUAAACUAUGGAUAUGAUGUAAAACGUGUACAUUACUAUCAAAAGUUACUUUGUUCUAAAAUACUGCCUGGUAUCAGGAUACAUUGGUACUGCCUGGUAUCAGGAUACAUUGGUACUGCCCCGGAAUCAGGAUACAUUGUUAC